UAGAGACUACUUACAGAACUCUUGCAGGCCGUUUUCACGGGAGCCAUGUGACGUAUGGCAAAGUCCUCCUCGUCUUCCAGUUCCUCUUUGUCCAGCCAGCGCAAGCGCAAGCGAUCCUCUUCAAGUCGACCGCAGCGCUCCUCUCGCAGGCGCUCACCCAGCCGCCGGCGCGCCCCCGGCCGCCGGCGCUCACGCAGCCGCCGGCGCUCGCCCAGCCGCCGUUCCCGGCGGUCCCGCAGCCGGCGACGCGAGCGCUCCUCUGAGUCGUCCUUCGACUCGGGGCGCGCGUCCCCGACGUUGGGGCAGCGGAGCGCGCCGAAGCUGGGGAUUCUCUACUGGGGCUGCGGCUUGGAGGGCCGCGGCUGGGACCUCACGGGCCGCAACCCGGGCGGCUUCCCACGCAUAGAUCGGAACUCCGACGCGCUGGUGGACAGCUGGAAGGGGCGCAUGGAGAAUGCCCAGGUGACUUUGCGCAUGUGUGCCUCUGAAGGGCCUGGCUUCAAGAGAUACGUCAAGCACUUCAUGAUGCUCAGCGCGCAGGCGUGCGUUGAGUUCCGGCUGCAGCAGUACCACCGGCACAACACCGCGAAUCGCCGGAAGGUCCUUACGGAGCGCAUCGUCAUCGGGGGGAUCCUGGAGACCUACCAGCGGCGUGCGCUCAACACGGGGAUGCGCAUCAGCAACGGAGAGGCCGGCUACCUCUCCUUCCUCAGGAGGCGCUGCAAGCGCUACAAGGCUCAGGCGGCCAAGCUGGGUGGUCACUUCGCCGCGGUGAUCCUGGAGGGCGGCCACCCGGAGCUCACCUUUCAACACGCCGCGCGCGCGAAGGAAGGUCUGCCGGGCAGGGAGAGGCAGGGGCUCAAGCGGCUGCUGCUGAUCCUGGGUGGCCCUGAUGGCGUUCCUGAUCAGACGCGAGUUGAACUGCGACGGGCCAUUGAGGAAUACACGGACUACCCUUUACUUGGGCUCUCGUUGCCGGGCGGCAUCUUGCACUCCUACUACGCUUUAGCCACAGUGCUGGUCUUCCAUGAUCAGGCCCUGCUCCUACCCUUCCUGGAGCAGCGGCUGAAGGACCAAAAGGACUCACCGCUGUCGCAAGCGGACAAGGCGCCGGACAAAGUGCCGGAGAGCCCGCAGCUGGCGCCCCCAUCGCUGAAAGCACCCGCCCCACGCCCGCCGGACGGAGUGCAUGUGAGGUAGGGCACAUCACAUGACGCCGCACUGACGUCCAGCCUGGCGAGCUUGCGCAA